AGCCCUAUUUCCUGAAGCCCUAAACGGGGCGUCCAGUUGACAGGUAAUUUUAGCUGUGAAAGCCAUUUUGAUACGGUUUUUUCCCCAGGUUUUAACAACUUUCAUUUUAUCAAUAAAAGGAAUUUUCAUUUGCGUGGACCCCUGUGUGUAUUUGAGUGAUGAAGACUGAUGAUGGAGAAAAGACGGGGGAAUCAGCGCCUGCUCUUCAGGCCCAGCCACUGUGUCGCUUCUUCUCUCAAGGAAGACACUGUAAUUUUGGAGCGAGAUGCAAAUUCCUGCACAUAAGAGAUGACACCAAAGUUACUGAGAAGAAGACUGGAUCUCCCAGUGAAACAGAAGUCACAUCUUCAAACCCAAAGGCCCCUGGAGGAAAUGGGGUGAACAGGCCUCCUCCAAUCAGUAAUACCAGGGUUGCCUCAGCAGCUGGCCGCCGACCCUGCCGCUACUUUUUGUCAGGGCACUGCGCCAUGGAUGAUAGAUGUCGCUUCUGGCAUCCACAGCAGUUACCCAGUUUGGAGGAUGUACCGGUUUCAGGCCAUGAUGCAAGACCUGCACAGAGGAUGCCACCAGUGCCGCACCCCAAUGCCUUCCAGGGGAUCAAGCUGAGUGACCUGACAGAGGAGGCCUCCAAGCAGCUGCGAGACACAGAGAUCAGGCAGCUGAUUAAGCGUUUUCCAAAAGACCAGCUGAUUACUCAGGAACGAAGUGAUGGAAAAAUGACUUAUUACAGGGCCAGUGUUGAGGCCACCGAUCCAGACUGGCCUUUUGAUCUGAAAGAAAUCGACAUCAUGGUGAGCUUCCCAGACAAUUACCCCCAAGAGGUGUUUACGUUGGAUAUCCCAUUAGAUCAAGAUCUUCCACCAGUAAUGGCAAGAUAUGUACAGGAAGCAUCCAUUGAGUGGCUUCAAGCCAAGCAUGCAACCAAUCAGCUUCUUGGAAAGGUAGAGCUGCUCUUCCUGCCUUUUCUUCGCUGGCUAGAUCGUAGUUUGGAGCGACUGUUCACGGAAGGAGCCCGACAGUUGAAAAAAGAUAUUGAUCUAGAAAAAGCUGGGUUUCAGUUCAUAUCAUACAAAGAGCUGCAAGCGACAAUUUGUGAAAAAUCUGGAAAUGAUAUUUCAUCUGACCUUGCCUCUGACAACCCAGCAGAUGAUGUUAAUGAUGAAGGGAAAGCAGAAAAGAGAGAAGGCAAGGGAACAGUGGAGGGGGAGAAGCAAGAGGGAAUAGCCAAUGAUGAAGGGCAGAAGCAGGAGGAUGAGGAGGCCAGUCAUCUGGUGGAGAACAUAAAGAUCAGUGAUCCCCGCAGAGGCACAGAGAUUAAGCUGCUUGGACUUAGACUGGGAGAGAACACUGCCACUGUGGUUGCCCAACAAAUCACAGUUUGCCUUCAAUGUAACAGGUGUAAGGUGACUGCAGACCUGACACUGACUGGAAGGACACCCUGCACAGCUCAGUGUGAAAAGUGCAGUUCAAGCAUCAAUGCUGCGUUCAGGCCCUGCAUGCUGCACCAUUACAGUGAUGUCCUGGGGUACCUGGACCUCCACAAUGCUACACCUGCUGACCUUGUACUCCAGGAGUGUGACCUCUCCGUGGGCUGCCUCAGCUGCUCUCAGGAUGGUCCAUUGCAGAAUGUUUCCUAUGGUCAGACUAAGGAGUUGAAUUGUGAACACUGCCACAGCAAACUCAGCAUUCUUGCAGAGAGCACAAGAUUUCAGUACAUUCCUCCUCGUGCCAACAAAACAGGUUCAAGCACUGGUGCUCCCAAUUACAAGUCAAUAAGAGAUCCUGCUGUCCAAAAGGGGAAACCACUGCCUGAAAAGGGAGCAUGCAAACAUUACAAACAGAGCCAUCGUUGGCUAAGGUUUCCCUGCUGUGGCCGGGCUUACCCCUGUGAUGUCUGCCAUGAUGAGGACCAGGACCAUCCUAUGGAACUGGCCACCCGGAUGAUCUGUGGCUACUGUGCCAAAGAACAACCUUAUGGAAAUGGAAAGCCAUGCAUCAGCUGUGGAAGCAUGAUGACAAGAGGCACACGCUCCAGCCACUGGGAAGGAGGACUGGGAUGCAGAAACAAGGUCAAAAUGAGCAGAAAUGAUCGACAGAAAUAUACCAGCACUAACAAAACCAUUUCAAGGAAGGCUGCUGCUGAAAAGAAGUAGAAGAGGAUCAGAUUGUUGCCUUGCCAAAGAAAAAAAAAACACGAUUUGAUAAAUGAUUUCAAUGAAAUUUUUAAGUAAACCUAAUAAAUCAUAUUGUCAUGAUCA